AUGCCAACGCAUGAUACGAGACGGACCUACGCGCCCGACGCCGUCGCUGUCCCCGAUGCCAUCCAAGAAGCGUACCACAAGCUUCGGGCCGAGACGAUGUUUACGAACCAAGCCAAGUCCGCCGAGUCGUCCAGCGCCCGUCCGUCGUACGUGCCCAAGAUGCACGAGCCGCCGCAGAUGCGAGAGCUGCGAGACAAGAAUCGACGCCCCGCCACGCUGCCUCUGGCCUCUACGCCGAGCGCGAAAGCGGUUGCGUUACGGUCGCUCGGUCGGCGCGAGUCGGUAGUUGCGACGCCCGACGACGUCACAACGAUGCUCAUGGCUCUCGAUUUAACGCACAUGCAAUACGCAGCCCCAAGUUUAACGCGCAGAGGCAGCCAAGUGCCCAUGGACUUGCCGAUGUAUUUGACGCUGAUUCUGACAAACAUGGAGCGCGCCAAUGUCGUCCGGUUUGACAAGGUCGACAUGACGAUCAAGCUCACGCAAGUCUUCCACAAGAUCGACAACGACGAAGACGGCUUGGUCACGAUGAGCGAGUUUACGUCCUAUAUCCUCGACGCCGCCGCAGGUUUGUCGGAGCAAGGGGUUGCAAGCGGCCUUCACGAGUACAACAAGACACCGACGAUGGCAGCUACGGUUUUAAAGCGACCACUCGCGAAAAUGGUGUACCUUCCAGACGCUGACCAUUUCGUCGCUGUCGAAAGCUACAGCAAGACGUUCCAGGUCUACGAUACGCACGACGGCGCCCUCGUCGCGACCUCGGGUGUCUACAAUGGCGGUGUGUUUGUGGACGCGAUUCACGUCCCGGCGCUCGAUUACGUCAUUACGAGCACGACCGACGCCACGAUCAACUGCUGGGACACGGCCGAAUUUCGACUGCGUCAACAACUACCGACAACGGACGUGCAGACGGUUCUCCAGUGGAAUGCCCCGUUGCGGCGCUUGUAUGCUGCUUCCGUUGCUGGCGAAAUCUCGGCGUGGAAUGUGGACACGCUCGCACGCGUCGGUGGGUUUGAGACGCACGUGGCCGACGUCACGGACGUUGUCUUCGCGCAGCAGUCGACCCUCGCCGUAGCUAGCUUGAGCGCAGGCAUCCGCAUCUACGACCUCGGAACCCACAAGCUUCUCAAGACGCUCGAGGGCCACCAUCACGGUGUAUCGUGUCUCCGGUACGUGACGGACCAGCAGUACAUCCUCAGCGGCGGCAUGGACCACGACCUUCGCCUCUGGAAUCCGUACGUGGAAACCAGCAUCGCGCGGCUCAAAGGGCACGAGCACCAACUCGUGGGCGUGGAGUGGGUCGAGGGGUCGCACGAGAUCCUCAGCGCCGACGAAGCCGGCAUCAUACGCGUCUGGGACAUUCGCAAAUACCGCUGCGUCCAAACGCUCGCCGCGCUGGUCGUACCCAAGCCGACGGGCAAGGCCAAGCCCGCCACCGCGCUGCUCUAUGUCCCAACGAAGAAGCGGAUCGUGCUCGCCUCGUCGGCUCUUCAGUUCCACGAUGCGUACGAGUGGAACGCAACCAAAGACAACAGUGAUGUGGUGAGCCAUGCCAGCUUGGUCGUGUACGUGCCGUCGUGCAUGUACCUCGUGAGCAUUGCCGGCCGACACCUCCGCGUCUGGAACGCGCACACGGGUGCGCUCUUGCACAACCUGCGACACGUGACGCGGACCAGCAUCUCGGCCGCGUGCCACGGCACUGGUACCACGUGCUACGCAGGAGCGCUCGACGGCCACGUCUACCAUAUCAACGCCACGAACGCUUCAAUUCUCAAGGAGCGGGCGCUGCAUACGCAAGAAGUCACGGGUCUGAGCUUGCUCCAGACUAAUGACGCGCAUCGCCUCAUGACGAUAUCGCUCGACGGCACAUGCGUCAUUGCCGACAUGGUGUCCCUCGCGCCGCUCGCCGAGCUCAACCACUGGCACGGCGUCAACUGCUUUCCCGCGAGCCGCCACGACACUGGCGUAAGCGACGCCAGCCAUGCACACGCGUACCACGUGCCGCCUGACAUGCGCGACGCGUACCCGGACUUUGCUCUCGACGCUCUCAAGCGCAUCUUCACGGCCUACGACCCGCAAGACGUUGGUUUUGCGCCACUCAGUGCUGCCCGAGACCUUUUCGUCGCCGUCACGCGGGUCGUGCAGCGCUCCGUGUACCGUAUCAACGAGGCGUACGUCGCGGCGGCCCUCGCAGCGUUCGUGCCGCGGCGACCUGGCGCCAUCUUGUUCGCCGAGUUCCUUCACCUCAUGCUUGAUACGUGGCACGGGCGUGGCGCGGUGGUGGCUGCGGUCACUGCCAUCGCGGUCUCGGCCAAGUACAACGUCGUCGUGACCGCGUCCUUGGACGGAACCUUUUGUGUGUGGAGUGCGAGCACGAACAUUCCAGUGAUGACAAGUCCUCUCCACAUGGAGGCAGGUAUCACAGCACUGGCGUUUCUGGAGCCCCAUCCGCUCUUCGUGCUUGCGGACGAUCACUGCGGCGUCUCCGUGUACUGCAUUCCGCCGCACCCGUCGCGCUACCGCCGCCUCUUUGAGUUUCGCGCCCUCAGCGCCAUCGUGCGCUGUCUCCUGUGGUGUCCGCCCCAUACUGUCCUCGCGGGCGACGACUUGGGUCGUCUUACGCAGCUCCAAGUCUCGGGCUUCUUCCACGACCACGCAAAGGACACGAAGCAAAAAACGCACCUCCGCCGCCUGGGCAUACAGCAACUGGCCGUGCGCGAGAGGCCCAAGCGCAUCGAGUCCCGUCGCUUCAGCAUCCAUGAGUUUGAGUACACACGGUCGGGUGACGUCGACGCACUUGCGACGUGGCCUGCGCACACGGACGCUGUCUGCAGCCUCCAGGUGCACGCCUCUUUCGCCUCGUGA